AUGAGGGACCUGGUGCUGAAGGUGAUCUGUGGCCAAGAAGCAGGGAAAGGUGCAGAGCAACGUGAACCCAAGAGCCAGGAGGGAGCUCAGGUGCAGAAGACUGAGCUGCUCUCUCCAAAAUCCCUGUUAACUCCAACCUUACUGCAGAACAUGACCCUCUUGGAGCUGGUGAGCAGCUCGUGGGAGUUAUGGGACAUCCUGGACAACCUGUCCAAGCAGGACCACACUCCACAUUCCAGAGGACAGAGGGACUUGGGGUCAGCUUCAGGCAAGCUGAAAAAAAUUUUUGGCUGGGGAGAUUUCUAUUCCAACAUCAAGACAGUGAAGUUGAACCUCUUGAUCACCGGAAAGGUGGUUGAUCACGGCAAUGGCACAGUCAACGUCUUCUUCAGACACAACUCCACUGGGCAAGGGAACAUCUCUGUCAGCCUCGUCCCUCCCACCAAGGCAGUGGAGUUUGACCUGGAGCAACAGAUCUUCAUCGAGGCCAAAGAAUCCAAGAUCUUCAACUGCCGCGUGGAGUACGAGAAGGUGGAUCGUGCCAAGAAGACCACGCUCUGCACUUACGACCCAUCCAAGACCUGCUACCAUGAGCACACCCAGAGCCACGUCUCCUGGGUCUGCUCCAAGCCCUUCAAAGUCAUCUGCAUCUACAUCACCUUCUACAGCAUAGACUACAGGCUGGUGCAGAAGGUGUGUCCUGACUACAACUACCACAGCGACGUGCCCUACUACCCCUCAGGAUGA